AUGAAAUCACCACGGUACAACGACGUCUCGGAGAACCCUCAAACAAUCCUUCGAUGCCACUCACGAUACUCAUCUCCGAUCUCUAUAGAUCUCAUCAUCGAGAUAUUGUUGAGGUUGCCUCUGAAGUCUAUAGCCAGAUGUCGUUGUGUAUCAAAGCUCUUGGCCUCUAUACUUGUCCGUCUAGAUUUCACGGACUCGUUCUUGGCCAGUUCUUUGUCUCGGCCACAGGUCUUGUUCGCCUGCCAAAAACAAUAUAAAAAUGAUGGACGGAAAACACCAAGGCGUGUGUGGGUGAUAUGUAACCCGAGCACGGGUCAAUCCUUUACCUUACCCAAAAUGAAGACAAGGAAGCGUAUUUGGAUAAGAUGCUUUUUAGGGUAUGAUCCGAUUGAGAAACAACACAAGGCUUUAGCAAUGACCUCGCAAGUGACGAAAGCUGAAGAUCAUCAAGUUCUCACAUUAGGAGGAACUGAUAAACUGGCAUGGAGAAGGAUUGAAUGUGGCAUUCCCCAAUAUGGUUAUCCAGGGCCACAUAAUAUAUGCAUUAAUGGUCUUUUGUAUUUCAAAGCUAAGGCGAAAUAUUCUUCCAAUGGUCAAGAUAUUAUAGUUUGCUUUGAUGUUAGGUCUGAGAAGUACAACUUUGUUAAAGUAACGGAAAGAGCAGUGCACCCUGAAGCAACUCUGGUAAACUACAACGGUAAAUUGGCGUCAGUCAUCUCGCAAUCUCACUCCCAUUCUAUUUUCCAUACUACUAGAAGUUUUGAAAUGUGGGUUCUACAAGACUCCGAAAAAAAUGAAUGGUCCAAGCAUAUUUACAUAUUACCUUCUCUGGGGAAGUAUAUAAGUCCAGGAGAGAACUUAUUCUUUGUAGGAGUGACUGGUGCAGAUGAAAUUGUUUUGUGUCCCAAAUCUUUAUUCCGCGAGCCUUUCUAUGUUUACUACUACAAUUUGAAGAGGGGAACUAUAAGACGAGUUGAAAUCCAAGGACUGGAAAGGUUAGAGGGGAGUUAUAGAGUUGACACUUUCCUGAACCAUGUAGAGGACGUGAAGAUUCUGAAAUAG